UGUUCGGAAACGUCACUUCUAUUUUAGAAUCCAAAAUGGCGUCAACAACAAGAAGCGAAGAUCGGCGAGCUCAAGUUAUGGUGGGUGAUCUGCCAAAUGACUUUUUGCGAGUUUCUGCAUCACCAGAAGGCCAGAAUCAACAAGUUAUGGAAGAUGCAAGAAUAGCUCAAGUUAUACAAGCUCAGCAAGCAGGAGGGUUUACUAUGGCACCAGCUAAUGCUGCUGGAAGACUUAGUAUUUCUGUAGUUGAGGCAAAAUUGGUCAAGAACUAUGGUAUAACAAAGAUGGAUCCAUAUUGUCGCAUAAGAAUAGGUCACACUGUAUUUGAGACACCUACUGCUUACAAUGGUGCAAAAAACCCAAGGUGGAAUAAAUCCAUGCAGACCUAUUUACCAACUGGUGUUGACUCACUAUAUAUCGAAAUAUUUGAUGAGCGAUCAUUUACUAUGGAUGAUAGAAUAGCAUGGGCUCAUGUUAACAUUCCAACACAAAUUAUGUCUGGUGAAACAGUUGAUGAUUGGUUUCCAUUGAGUGGUCGACAAGGCGAUGAAAAAGAGGGUACCAUCAAUCUGUGUUUGUCAUUAACUCCGAUGUCAGAGUUACAGCAACCAGCCAUAAAUGUUGCUUAUAACACACCUGUUAUGAUGCCCAUGUUUUAUCCUCCAGUUGUUCAACCUGGUGUCCCUAUGACCUAUCCCCAACAACCUGUCCAACAACGACCGUUAUAUACUGAUGACGACCUAAAAGAGUUUAAAGAUAUGUUCCCUAAUAUGGAUUUAGAGGUUAUUAAAUCUGUAUUAGAAGCUAACCGUGGAAACAAAGAAACUACAAUUAAUGCUUUAUUGACCAUGAAUUCGGAUUAAAAAUCUUGAACAAAUAUGUUAAUCAUGCAAGUCAUCUGAAAUUUUACAAAUAAAAUAAUUCGUUGACUUCAAAUAUUAAUACAGCAAAAUAAAUGUUUGGUUUGUUAAAAUUUUUAAAAGAUAUAUUUGUAAAUUUUGUUUAUGUAUUUGAAGCUUAUUUGUUUAAUGUUUCAAUUUUAUAAAUUGAAAUUUGAAUGACCUCCUAUUAAAAUAUGCAGUGCAUAUAAGAAAUUACAGGUCACAAUGACAGUCACAAAGCUUAUUAGUUGCUUUUUAUAUAACUGAGUGAGUUCAGGAGAAUUCUUAUUUUGUAUACUAUAAUGACAUAUAGAUGUAGAAAGUUCUGCUUAAUUGCUGAAAAGUAAACCAGUAUAUUAUCAUCAAUAAACUAUAACACAUACUUGUAGAAAACAGCUACUUGGGAGACGUUUUGAAGAGUAUUCUCUCAAAGUUAUCGCAAAUUGUAUCCUACAGUUAUAAAACUAUUUUCUGAUUGCUGAAAUGUAAACCAGUAUAUUAUCAAUAAGCCAUAACACAUACUAAUGGGAAACAACUACUAUAUAUUUUGGGUGACGUUUUGAAAAGUAUUCCCUCAACAUUAUCGCAAAGCUGUAUCCUACAGUUAUAUAACCAUUUGCUGUUUACAUUAGUAGCAAUCAUUCUAACUCCUUUCAGGAUUAAAAUAAGAAAUUAUAUCUGUUUAGAAUAUUUAAAUAUAAAUAUUGUUUCAAAUAAAAUGAAUUAUAACUGCUAAGUUUUGAUAAUUGUGCAACCUUUAAUGUUAGUGAUACUGGAAAUAUUGAAUAUUGCCUAUUUAAAGACAAUCUGUAUUUCUCUUUUAUGUUAAAAUUGUGCAAAGACUGAUCAAAAUCUAUAUCUUAAAGGAGCCAAGUCGCUAAUUCAAUAUCACCCACAGUCUUCGACAUUGCAAACACGACUUGUUGGUCGAUUUAAAUCAACAUUGAUGUUGUUAUCUUACGGUGAAAAGAUGGGCUUCUGAUAUCUGAUAUUUAAAAUUGGCACACGAAUUGCGUUCCAGAAUGCUUUUGAGCAUCAUUUGUAAUGAACAAGGCUAAACAUACCCCACAGGAGAAUACUACCAGUGUAGACUAGAAUAACCAAACGCCAAAUACUGCCAGUCAAAUCAAAUUCUUUGCGUAUUUCGCCAAACAUAACUGAUUAGAAAUUACAGUGAAAACAGAAAUGAUUGAGUGUAAACCAGUUUAUAUACAAUCAUAUUUCAUUAUUAUAUUCGUUGCGACCCAUUUGUGUCAAUUUCUAGGUGCUAAAGAAUAGCGAUGUAGUUCCUUUAAAUCUUAAUCUAUAGUUUAUUGUUUCUGUGUGUUUGAUACUGUUUUUACAUGGUUUGCCUUGUAGAUGUUUUUUUGUUAAAUAUCUUAAUAAAUCUUUAUAAAGCUAAUGUGAAGUGCACAUACAUGAGUUGCCUGACAACUUUAUGGUUUUGACAUAAAAUUGUAUAUGUUUUUAUUGCUGAAAGUUUUGUUCCAAGUGAUGAUAAUGGGCUGUUAAUAGUGACUGUAAUGAGUGUAUAAAGAAUUUGAGGCCUUUUUGAUAUUAAAGCGAUAGUUGCAUAUUUUCUAAGAAAGUCAAAACAUAAUUAUUUCUAUAUCAAUUACUUAAUAGGUUGUCAGUUCACUACUAUACAAUCAUAGGAAUCAUUCUAGCGCUUAAAAAACAUUCAUGUAAAAAUUAGAAAUAAUUUCUACUCGCCGACUGUGUUUUUAAUUUGUAUCAUUUCUUUUCACUGGAUGACUAAGUCUACACAAUGAAAGUGAGAAUUGACUCCUCCGUGGUUAAACAGAUAAGGAUAAUGAUGCCUGGUUGAGCAAGACUUUUUAAACCUGCAAAUGUGAUAAUAACACCGUAAAAGUCAACAUUGGAUUUAAAAAGAAAAUGAUAUAUUUGCCAAUUUCUCAACUGACAGAAGUGAAUUAUAGGAAUUGGUAUUAUUCUUUAAUAAGGUAGAACUGUGUGUAUAGAUGCCAUGUAUUUUAAGGCUUUAUUUUAGUAUAUUUUAAACAUAUGACUUGAAAAAAAAAAAAUGCAAUUAUCGCUUUAAAACACUAUUAGAAUAAUUUAAGAGUUUUAAUUCAGCCUGUCUGUACAAAGAAUAAAAUACAAGAAAUGAUUACCCAGUGAUACAGCGAUGUUAAUUGGACGACAAACAUAACUACAGCUGCAGUUUGAUGAAUUCUUACCAAUCUUUGUCUUUGAUAAUAUUUAACAAGUUUUUCUCAUAAUACUAAAACACCAUUUUCCUUGAUUUAUUGCAAGUAGAUAAACUCGCUGUAUGUAAAUUAAUCAUUUGUUUAUAGUUAUUAAUGGCUUAUACAAUAUGGUAUUUGGACAAAUCUCUUUUCGUCAUUGACUGACUGUUCUUGGUAACUGAUUAUUGUCCUCGUUAAUUGUAUUGUUAUGUUUGUUUUAUAUCAGUUGUAAUAUGUAUAUAAUGUAAACUGACAGAAUAAUAAAAUGGAUGUAUUUAUAACUAUUAAA